GUGGCGCUGCCGGUGCGGGCCUGGGAGGACGUGCGGAACGAGACCCGGCUCUUCUCGCUGCUUUGCCGCCUGCCGCGUUUCGGCGUGGGCCGCACCGUCACCCGCAAGUCCUGGCUGUGGGCGCACGACGAGCCUUGCUACUGGGUCAUCACCAAGGUGAAGGCAGACUACACGGCAGAGAACAUGGAUCAUGGAAGAGCUUGGGGCUACCUGACCUUCAGAGGCAAAACUGAGGAAGAAGUGAGAGAGAUUGACAGAGUCAUGUACCAUGACUGGCGUAUGGUGCCCAAACAUGAGGAGGAGGCCUUCAAGAAGUUCACCCCAGUGUUGGAGGAGACCAUCCGGUACCUUCCGUACCCACCUCUGCUCCGAGCCAUGACCCUUGCGCAGUGGCAGAAGGAGGGAAAGCCAAUCACAGAGGAGCCAAUGAUUGAUCUGGAGAAG